AUGGCCUCCGCAGAACAUCCCCCAGCGCUCGAAAAGGACUUCGGAAGCAACUCCGAUGGCAUUAACGGAGCUCAUGACACCCACCACAACAUGUCCGCUGAGGACACAGCUAGGGCUGCUGCGCGCUUCGGAUAUGGUCCUCUCGCUCACGUCAACACCGCUGAGGCUCAACUCCGUCCCUUCGGUGGUGAGUUCCAACCUGGUCUGUACAAGUCGGUCGAGCACCGCAAGUUCGGUAAUCCAGCUCCUCUGGGCCUGUCUGCUUUCGCUCUCACCACGUUCGUGCUGAGCUUGAUUAACAUGGGUACGCGCGACAUCUCUGAGCCCAACAUUGUGGUCGCCCUGGCUUUCGGCUAUGGUGGUCUUGUUCAAUUGCUUGCUGGCAUGUGGGAAAUGGCCGUUGGAAACACCUUUGGUGCCACCGCGCUGUCUUCGUAUGGUGGUUUCUGGCUUGCUUUCGCCAUCGUCCUGACCCCGGGUGGGUUUGAGAUUGCGGAUGCUCUCGGAGGCGCGGGUACCCCAGAGUUCGAUAACUCCUUCGGGUUGUUCCUCUUUGGAUGGUUCAUCUUCACCACUAUCCUGCUGUUCUGCACCCUGAGGUCUACCGUAGCCUUCUUCCUGCUGUUCUUCUUCCUGGACCUGACCUUCUUGCUCCUCGGUAUUGGUUACCUUCACCGCAACGCCGAGGGCAAGCCCAACCCCCCCGUCAUCAAGGCCGGUGGCUUCUUCGGUCUCCUGGCAGCAUUUGCCGCUUGGUACAACGCCCUCGCCGGUAUUGCGGACAACAGCAACAGCUUCUUCAUCCUCCCCGUCGCGCAUUUCCCCUGGUCUCCCACUGCUCGCAGUCGCAAGACCGAGCGCGAGACCGCGUAG